AUGUCUUCCACCCAGGUCCCAGCCCAUACCUGCUGGUUUUGCGUCCACGACAACCCUUCCUAUGCGACUGUUUGCGAAGGCUGUGGCAAUAUCGCAAUUCCAACAAAAUUCGAUACGAACCCAGUUCAAACGCUCAUCACAACAUUUCGUCCUGGUGGCGGCGAAGGUUACCUCCCAGCUAGAGAUGUUGUGGAGAUGUUCAACGACUUGUCCAAACAUGACAGAGCCGCUCUGCGGUUUGUUGAUGGAACCGGUAACUCAGCUCUCAUCAUCAGCAAGAUAGGGUCCAAAACACGAUUCAGCUUCAGUGGCAGACCUAGAGGAGACAAUAACAGAGUGUACAAAUGGAACAACGGGGUCACGAAACAAGUGUUCUGUGACGUGGUGGAUCAAAUCAUGAACAUGGACACGCUUUAUCCGGGCUGGCGACACGAGAUCUGA